AUGGAUGUGUGCCGGCAGAUCCUUCAGGUGCAUGGCGCAGGCGACGGCCUAGUUGCUGCCUUCUCCGCCCAUGACGGCACCGCUGCACGCCAGUACAAGGUCGAGGACGCCCUGGCAUUGUCUACACUGCACUUGACAAAGUUGAUGAAGGACGUUUUCCGGCACUCAUCAGCCGGACGGCUGGGCAUAACCGGUCUCCGGGAUGUCUCGCGACUCUUGCAAGGCGUGGCGCGCGCCGGCCCGGAGCGCUUUACCGAGAAGCUCCAGCUAGCCAAGCUUUGGGCGCACGAGGCGCUUCGUACCUUCGAAGAUCGCAUCACCGCGGAUGCAGGCCGUCGUAGAUUUCGUGAAGUGCUCUCCCAGCAGCUGGAGACAUACUUUGGCGUCGAGCCUGCUCUGGAAGGCCUGUGCUUCCUCUUCGACCCAAGCUCCGGGGGCUACGUGGACACAGAUUGCCAGGAGACCGGCCCACAAAAGCGAGUCAAGGAGAUUCUGCAUGAGUUCAAUGAGAAGAACUCCGAGAAGGGCACUUGCACGUCGCUGCACCUCUUCGCCGGCCUCAUGCAGCAUGCCCUGCGCGUGGCGCGUGUUCUCCUGAUGCCAUCUGGCCACAUGCUCUGCAUUGGCCCUGCAAACUCUGGGCGCAGGACUGCUUGCAUCGUCGGAGCCCAACUGGCCGGCGCGGAAGCCACCGACAUCGUCAAGACUAUGGCGCUGAGGCAGGUGGCUGAGAUCAAUGAAGAAUUCUUUGCCAUUCUUCGAAAUGCCAUGACUCGUGCAGCGACUUUGCGAGAGCGCCAGCUCUUGAUACUUCAGUUGGCCAAGGGCCCCUCCGCGUGGGAGGCGCUGUUCGAGCGAUUUCUGGACACCUUUCACACCAUCGUCCGCCAUGGAGAUGUGCAGGGAGCGUGGACCUCGGAACAGCAGGAAGCAGCCUUGAAAGCCUUUGUCAAUGACGCGGACUUCCUCGAGGAGGCUGAGGAGCUCGGUCGCUGGCGCGCCUUCGUCCAGCACGCGCGCAAGAGCCUCCACACGGCGCUCCUGGCACAUGACACUGACUGGGCCGUGGCACGCCCAGGGUAUCUGACCUGCGUUCACGUCGACUGCUACGCGCCGCCAGUCGAGGAGGCAUUGAUUUCGAUCGCCUCCAUGAUGACAGGCAUUGACCGCGACGUGUCGCACAAGGACUCGAACUUCAGCACCCUCCAGGUGGCGGAGGCAGUCUCCUCCUCCAAGGAGCAGUGCAGCUUCGUACAUGCGAACGAGCCCUUCUGCAUGAACAUCUGCGCGGCUUUGGACGGCCUUCCCGGCAUCUACGAACUGGCACCCAAGGUGACGACCGGUCAUCUUCCUGCCCUGGGCGACUUCAUGGACCUGGUAAGCCCGCCGACGUUGAUCGCAUCAAAGGAAAUGAGAGCCUCUCCCGAGGCUGCGAUUGCCAAGCAUCGCGCCCGCCGCGAGCGCCUGCUACGCACAAGCGAGUCGCUUCUUCAGGUGGUCCACGUCGUUGACGAGUUCCUAGGCCCUGUCAAGGAAUGGCUGGACAAGCGGCGGCUGCUCAGGGAUGAGGUUGCGAAGGUCUCGGCGCAGAUUACCGAGGCACAGGCUGAGGUGAGUCGAAAGCAGCUGGAGGUCGACCAGGACACGGAAUCGGUGGAUGUUUCCCAGCGACGGCUUCGCCAUGCUGUGAAGGAAGUGGGUGAAAUAUCUAUGGAGAUUGAUGAUGCAACCGUCUCCUACCAGCUAGCCUUGGAGCCUCGGAGAUAG